GGCUUUGCAAAGUGGCAGCUCAGGGAAGUAUAGACAUCAGUCUGAAGCGCAGCUCCACUGGAGGACACGCACUGUGCAUCAUCUCCCUGAGCCGUCCGUGUGUAUCUCGUGGAAUAACGUCGUGGAAUUACAAACAUUCCCUCAAAGAAGCUCAGGAGCAGAAAACAAACAGCAGAGAAGAGAUGGAUGAAAGAAUACCGCAUUUACAGGACAGACAAUUCAUGGAACACGCAGAUUUCUUGGGGGUGGAUUACCCAUCUCUCUACAUGUGCAAGUCCAAAAGAGGGAUAAAAAGAGAAGACGGUGGGAAGCAGGACGCAUACAAGUUACCACACCGGUUGAUAGAGAAGAAGAGGAGAGACCGAAUCAACGAGUGUAUUGGCCAGCUCAAGGACUUGUUACCAGAACAUCUGAAGCUGUCGACGCUCGGGCAUUUGGAGAAAGCAGUUGUCCUGGAGUUAACAUUGAAACACUUAAACGCACUGACUGCUGUCACCGAGCAGCAGCACCAAAAGAUUAUUGCUUUGCAGAAUGGAGACCGGUCGAUGAAAUCUUCCAUUCAUGCAGAUCUGGAUGCUUUCCACUCCGGGUUCCAGGCCUGUGCCAAAGAGGUCCUGCAGUACCUAAGCCAGUUUGAGAACUGGACGACACGAGAGCAGAGGUGCGCGCAGCUCAUCAACCACCUUCACAAGGUUUUGGCACAGUUCCAGCCUGGCGCGCCGCCGAUCCAGCACCAGCUACCCACCGGGGAGGAUGGCCAGAAAACCGACAGCCAAGCUAACUGUGUCCCGGUCAUCCAGAGGACCCAAGGCGGGGAGCUUAAUGAGAAUGACACAGACACGGACAGUGGAUACGGGGGCGAGGCGGAAAAGAACGAUGGCAAGGAAAAAGAAUGUGAGCGCAAUAAGGCACAGGGAACCAAAGCAGUGAAAAUCAAGCAAGAGUUUGGAGAUGAUCGCGCUGCCAAAAAGCCAAAGAUGAAUUGGUCUGGAAACGGGUUGGGCACAGACCCCACCAGGCCAGAUUUAGCGUUUAUGAACUCUCUGAUGGGAAUAACCAAUGUGGGACAGCAGACACCGAUUUGCAUGCCUUUCUACUUCAUCAACCCCACGGCCGCGGCGUCUUAUAUGCCUUUUUUCGAUAAAAACAACAUUGAAAAGUACAUGUACCCAGCGGCGGCCGCCCUGGCAUCACCUUUCCCCUGGCUUUACCCCGCACAUGCGUCAGCAGCGGCGGCCGCGGCUGCUGCUGCCGCUUUCCCCGGUUUGUCUGCGCACUUUGGAGCCUCUCCUCAAUCCAAGGACUCCCUCACUCCCGACAGCGAAGGGUCACAUGAGGCUGAGACAGGUUUACCUGAGGAGCGUGAGGAAAGUCCCGCGAGUGACGACGGGGACGGCGACGCAGCUGACGCGUCCCUGGAGAGCCAGAGCAGCCCACAUAACCCAUUCCCUGCUUGUCAAACGAGCUAAUGCGUCUGUGUUAUUAUCCCGUGCGUUCUGCUGAGACGUUUAUGUACUCUCGGAUUUUUCAGAUUAGGCUAAAAGUGAGACUAAGUUUCACAGAAGAGUUUCUCAUGUACAUUAUCUUGGCUAAACGGGGACAGUUGUGACGGUGUGUGCCUUUUGCACUUAACUAGAUUAAUCAAUCUGAAUGAUUAUCGACAAUGAUUGACACUAAUACACGGCUGUGUUGAGCUGAAGUUAGUUUUUUAUCCUCUUUGAUAAAAUAUUUUAAAAACGGCAGCGUUGGUGCCAAAACUUUAAGUACUUCAACAGUGCGCAAUAUCCCAAUCAGUAAGUCUCUUUGGAUGUAUGAAGUUGCAACUGACCUCUGCCAAGGUUAUUAACAGUUUGGCUGUCUCUGACUGUAAAUAUUAUUAUGUGCUAGAGAUUCUGAUUCAUUGACUUGUAAAUGUGCACUAAAUGGGCCUAUAAAAUAAGUGCUCCUGGAAGUUGAACGCCUCUAGGCUACAGAAUAUUACCUCAUCAAAAACUACACAUGGGGUAGGCUAAUGGGAGGCACAUCCACUGUUCCUCCUGACAAGAAAUUCAAGAUAUAAGACACCCUUCACUAUACAGUUAACCUCCAUCAAAAGCAACCACAAAAAUCUGCCACUUUACCAUAACUGAUAUUUUGACUUCAUGGGAGAGGUUAGGGCUCUUGACCCUGAACUCUUUUUGACAGAUCUGAGUUUACUCUGGUUUUCUCUACUUGUUUGUUCUAGAGAGAAGGAAAAAAAAAAACAAUCACAAGACAACUUCGAAUAAUGGUUAAAGGAGCCCCUCAUUCACAAGUGGCUGCCUGACCAGCAUAUUGUAUGUUCCUUGAAUGAUGUAUUUCUGCACAGAGAUGCAGUGACCUCCUGUACCUCCAGGAAACAUUGUAGGAUAGCACCUUAGAUCUUUGAUAUUGAAUGUAACUGUAUUUUCCCAGCUGUUAAAGUUUGUACAUAGGAUGAUCUUUACUGUUUGAGACGUAAAGUGCACUUUUUCUGCUUUAAACCCCUUAACAGUCACCUUAUCAUCUAAAAGUCAAUCACUGUAGUUCUCUUCAAACCUUUUUAUUGUAUUGUUGAGUUGUCUUAAAAUAAAAAUAUUUAAUUUAAAGAGAGAGCAGAGACAUCAGAUGCUUUGUGAUGUUUUCAUGCAGUGAUCGAGUAAGUUGUCCGAUUUGACAAAAUCUUUCUCAUUUCAAUGCUUUCAAGGCAAAACGAUUCAGAUCAUAAUCAUCUUUGUAAACUCCUCCACAUGACAGACUAUCACAGAUUCUGUGUUAUAUGCUAUCAUAAUGUAAAACCUUGUUUUUCCAAACAAAAGUUGGAAAAAAUGGGGUUAUAUUACCAUCAAUUGUGACUAUCAGCAUUUUAAGGAACAUUAUCUUGGCCUGUUUUUUAAGAGAUUAAUACCUGCAAAUGUAGUGUUGAUGAGCUUUUUUCACUUUUCUUUCUUUUUUUUAAGUUUCUCAUGUGACUGAAUAAACAAAUACUUUUCAUUGUAUUUUGCAUACGAAACAUUGCUUUUGUAGUUUUCUUCAGCUGGUUUUUGCCUCAAGUCUGUUAUCAACUGUUAUAUAAAGUGGCAUGUGUGUCUGUAAAUAGUUUUGUGAAUAUACCAUAAAGUAUACAUGUCUAUGUCAAUGUUGUAGAAGUCUAUGGAUUUUUUUAAGGUUUAACUGGGCAACUGUUGCACAUUUCGUUAAUGCUUUACACAUAUGCUGUUCUAAAUUAUUGCUGAUGAGUUGUAAAAUAAAUAUGAAAACUAAGCUCUGCAGGCUC